GUCCGGGUGUGCUGCCGCUCUCAGUGAAGAGAUGGCGGGGGUCCAGUCCAACCCUAACAACCCUGUCGUCUUCUUCGACAUCACUAUCGGCGGCCAGGAGGUGGGACGCAUGAAGAUUGAACUGUUUGCUGAUGUAGUGCCAAGGGUAGCAGAGAAUGUCAGGCAGUUCUGCACUGGAGAAUUCAGGAAGGAUGGUGUCCCUAUAGGUUAUAAAGGAAGUACAUUUCACAGGAUAAUCAAGGACUUCAUGAUACAAGGGGGAGACUUUGUAAAUGGCGAUGGGACUGGUGUAUGUAGUAUUUAUAGAGGGCCAUUUGCAGAUGAAAACUUCAAACUGAAGCACAAUGCUCCUGGUCUCUUAUCCAUGGCAAACAGUGGCCCAAAUACAAAUGGUUGUCAGUUCUUCAUCACAUGUUCUAAAUGUGAUUGGCUUGAUGGAAAGCAUGUUGUUUUUGGUAGAAUAAUUGAUGGAUUACUUGUAAUGAGGAAAAUUGAGAAUGUUCCUGCUGGACCCAGCAACAAGCCGAAACUUCCUGUGGUGAUUGCACAAUGUGGAGAAAUGUAGAGUUUACUGAAACAAGAGAAGAAGCAGUUCUUCGCUAUUUGUUUAGAAGUGUAAAGAGACCUUUUUAUGACCUGCACACUAUUGUAGUGGUGUUCACAGAGGCCAGGGGUCUUUGGUUUAAAUAAUUAACAAGCACAAUCUGGGAUUUUGACAACUCAAUUUUUCAUCCUGAGACCAAGGUGAAUAGGAAAUUCCUGUGCUGUGAAUGAGCUAAUCCAAAACCAUUUCCCUCUUAAAAAUAAAAACAUAAUUUUAGUAGAGUUCUUGUUUAAAACCCCAACUUGAAACAAAAGCUUGCCCUGGUAGAGUUUGAGUUGCCCAGUGCAUUUUUUUUUUUGUUUUUGGAAAUACUUUCAUCCAGUAAGUGUUUGUAAGUGAAAUCUGAAUUCACUUGUCUUUUUAACAGCCAAAACAUCAAAUCGUUUAUAUUUGUUUUUGAGAAGCAGACUAUAUUGUCUACCAAAUUGUAAAUUUCCCAUUUGCUUAGAACAGAAUGUAAGGAAUAUGAUUGCAGUUGUGAUGAUUUGUUUUAUAUUAUAUUUUCAGUUUAUAUUUACUUUUCAGACAAUGGCAGUUUGUUUUGAGCCGUAUGAAUGAUAUAUACCAUUAGAUCUGAAAUAAAACUUUCAAUUGUA